GGUCAUUUCCGCAUCUAUCACGCCCAACGAGUCGUGGCAAUAUUCUGCGAAGUCGUUUGUGAGUGCGUUCACGGACAAAAUCACUCGUUUUUCCUCAACGUGACAAGCAGUUUAUAUCAGCAGGAUGUUUUCUGGGGACGACUCUUUGAGGAACUCCAACGAGCAUUUGGAUUCUGUUAAUAAUUCUGGGAAACCACACAAUGCAGAUCUGAAGCCGACAUCUUUGCUCGAUGAUGACGAAGGUGAUGAGAUCAAUCUCAACACAGACACGCGCUCAAAGUUAAGAUUGGAUACAUCUUUGGAUCCGGGCACGACACCCGCCCCGGAAAGUUCAAGUGUCCUUGAUCAGCCAGUGCCUGCUCCGAAAGAUGACCAGUUGAUGAAUGCUGAUUUUACUCUUGAAGUUCGAAUUAGCGAUUUUGAGAAGCGAGGAGAUGGAAUGAACGCUUACAUAGUCUACAAGCUUAUUACCAAGUCUGAAGGAGUACCAGGCGUAUCAGAUCGAACAUAUGAAGUAUGGAGACGCUUCUCCGACUUCCUUGGACUACAUGAUAAACUCUUUGAGAAGUAUAUUUCGAAGGGAAUAAUCGUACCAGCCGCUCCUGAAAAGAGUAUCGCCGCUAUGACGAAAACGAAGGCCACUUCGGAUCCUGCAACAUCUCGAGAAGUAGCUGUUCGUCGCGCAAGACAACUGGAACGUUUCAUGAGACGAAUAAUUCAGCAUCCUCGACUACGGAUAGACUGUGACGUUCGCGAUUUCCUCACUAUGGAGACUGAGCUUCCCCGUGCAAGUCAAACUGCAGCGCUAUCAGGAGCGGGUGUCAAACGUAUUUUCAAAAGCGUGUUUUCUAAAAUGGCUUUCCAUAUGGAGGAGGGAGACCGUUGGUUUGAGCAAACACAGUCGCAUGUUGAAGAAUUGGACGAAUCUUUGAGGAAGUUGCUGCACUUAUCUGAAUCUCUAACAUCAACUCGCAAGGAACUGGCUGGAGCCCAGGAAAGCAUGAGCAAGGGCUUGUCCAUGCUUGCUUCCUGUGAAGAGUCCACAGCUUUGGCUAGAGCGCUUUCUCAUUUGACUGAGACUGAAGAAAAUGCAGCAGCUUUGUGGGCCAAGCAGUCGGAGAUGGACUCAAUCCGAUUCACGGAAUCCCUGAGCGAAUAUGUUGGUUUGGUUGGUUCACUGAAAGAACUUUUUGCUGAACGAGUAAGAGUCUGGCAGAACUGGCAAUCUGCACAGCAAAGCCUUGCACGGAAGCGUGAACAAAAAGCAAGGUUGGAAUUAUCUGGAAAGAAUGAUAGAGCAACUGCUCUCCGAGAUGAGAUGGAUGAAGCCGUACGUCGCAUGGAUCAACUUGAGGCAGAGUUUGGAGAGCUCAGCAAACUCAUACGAGAAGAGAUUGGAAGGUUCGAGGUCCAACGUCGACAUGAUAUGCGCCAAAUGUUCAUCGAGUACCUGGAGUCGUUAGUUCAAACACACACGGAGAUGCUAGAGAUAAAAACGGAACUGAGCGUUAAGUUUCGCGCAGCGCUUUGAUAUCCGUCCAGUAUCCAGUUUAUAAGCCGGAAGGCUUUGAAAUGAAAAGCUAAUCAUUUUUGGUGCUGUUGUAUGUGAGGAGAAAAGAUGCGAGGAAUAUCACUUCUUAUCGUUUUUUGGUUGAUUCUCAUUAUACAUCUUCUUCUCCAAUUGUGUGUAUGUCCUGAAAAUUUUGUAUGCUUUUCUCAGAAUUUAUCGUAUUUUGUGACUGUGGUGAGAUUUACUGUGAUUCUUUCUCCUCCUCUCUUUAGUUACAUUUCCUGCAUGUGGCAAUCUGACGGCUGACAGACCUGUUCGCUAAUGUCGACUGUGUCACCGAUGGUUACCUUCAUUAAAGCUUUUGUUAUAUUUUAUCAGUUGUUAUUAAUUCAUCAAAAUAAAUAAUUUAUGCAGU